UCUUGGUUUCAAAUCAAAGGAUUUCCCCGCUCUUUUCUUUCUCCUUUGCUGUUCCCUCAUUCCCUUGCUUCAUUCAUAUAGCCUGCUUAACUUCCCCACCCCCUAAAAAGCUACCAUGAACAUAUGUGGUGGUCCCCAGUGCUUUCCUGGACGAAGGAACUUCUCCUCUGCUUCUGUCAUUGGUGGUCUGGGUGGUAGUCAAGGCAGAUACAUCCCUGUGUGCCAGCCAGUUGGAGCUGGUGGCUACUCCAGCAGAAGUCUUAAUAACAUUGGAAGCAGAAGCCAACGGAUAGCUUGUGGCCAGGGAUAUGGAGGGCAAAUCUAUGGUGGUAUGGUUGGUCAAGGUAUGGGAGGUAUUGGUGGCCAAGGUAUCAGUUGCCAAGGUAUGGGCAUGGGUGGUCAAUGCAUAGGGAAUCAAGGUGUAAGUAUGGGUGGGCCAGGCAGAAGUCUGCCAGGUCAAGCAAUGGGUAUGGGUGGGCACAUUAUGGCCAUGCCUGGUCAAGGGGGCAUAGGUAUGGGAGGACAAGGCAUGGGGAUCAGUGGUCAAGGCAGAGGUGCACAUGGUCAAGGGGUGCCUGUUCAAGUUAUUAAUGUUGGAAGCCAAGGUACUGGUGGCAUGAGCUAUGGUGGAGGCUUUGUUGGAGGUUAUGGUGGGCCUCAGUCCCAGGGGGCUUUUACAGGUCGAAUUGGAAGUGUGGCAGGUGGUGGGAGGGGUGAGGGGAUACGAGGGGUCUCCAUUGAUGAGCGCCUCUUGAAGCCACUUUCCGUUGGAGUGGAUCCAGAAGAGCAGAAAGCACGGACCCAUGAGAAAGAGGAGAUGAAGACUUUGAACAACCAGUUUGCUUGCUUCAUUGACAAGGUUCGAUCCCUGGAGCAGCAGAACAAGGUGCUUGCCACCAAGUGGGAACUCCUGAACCAGUGUGUCCAACCUGCAAAGAAGAACCUUGAAGCUUAUUAUGAGAAUUUCAUUGCCACUUUGAAGAAGCAGCUGGAGUGUCUUUUAAGUGAAAGAGGGAAACUGGAACAUGAACAGAAGAAUAUGCAGGAGCUGGUUGAAGAAUACAGGUCUAAAUAUGAAGAAGAAGUCAAUCGACGUACCUCAGCAGAGAAUGAGUUUGUGGUACUCAAAAAGGAUGUCGAUUGUGUGUUCCUGACCAAAGAAGAGCUGGAAUCUAAAGUGGAUGUUCUGGCACAGGAGUUGGAAGUUCUGAGAUGUGUCUUUGCAGAGGAGUUGAGUCAACUGGACAGCCAGAUCUUAGACACUUCAGUCGUUCUGAAAAUGGACAAUACGCGAGACCUGCACAUGGACCUCAUUCUUCAGAAUGUAGAAAACUGGUAUCAGAAUAUUGCUCAUAACAGCAAACAAGAAGCUGAAGCCUUUUACCACAAUAAGAUUGCAGAGAUUCAGAAUAACCGAAGCAAAUUCAAUGAAGAACUUAAAUGUAAUCAACAUGAGAUUGCAGAGCUCAAUAGAGUAACCCAAAGGCUUCGAACUGAUCUUGGAAAUGCAAAGAAGCAGGUUUCCAGUCUGCAGUCAGCUAUCUGUGAUGCUGAGCAGCGUGGUGACAUUGCUUUAAAAGAUGCCCGGAAUAAGCAUGCCGAAUUGCAGAAUGCUUAUCAGCAGUCAAAAGAUAAAUUGGCAAGUUUGCUCCGAGAUUACCAGGACCUUCUCAAUACGAAGAUGGCCCUGGACAUUGAGAUUGCUACCUACAAAAUGAUGCUGGAAGGAGAAGAGAGCAGGAUAUGCACGGGAAACCCUGUCAGUGUCACAAUGGUCAGUGGAGGCUAUCCGGUUGGUGAAUGUGCUGUUGGCAUGGGAGGCGCAGUGGCCUACAGUGGUGCUAUGGGGAGAGGCCUAGAACAUGGCGUUGGCACCUACAGUGGAGUGGGAGAAGGGUUCAGUUCUGGAAGUGCAGGAUGUAUCCACACACUUGGUUCCAGGGCAUCUGCUGGCUCAGUUGGCAGGGCAUCGGGAGUCGGAUAUAGGAUUAAACACGCCUCUGGAAGUGGGUCUGGAGGAGUGGGUGGCUUUGGCUCUAGCGUUACCACUAAGCAUGUGGUAGGUGCUGGGGGUGGAAGGCACAGCUCGGGUAUCUCUGUUGAUGGGAGCUGUGCAAGUGGGCACCAUGGUGGGAUCCACCAUGUAGUGGGAGGAGCUGGAGGCAGUGGAGGUCAUAGUAUUGGAGGCUCUGGAAUUGGAACGCACACCUCUGGUGUGUAUGCUGUUGGAUCUGGUGGAGGUUUCUCAGGGAGCAUGCAUGGUGGCUCCCGAAGUGAAGUCAGAAAUAUACAUGUUGGCUCUUCAGUCAGAAAAACUGCCUUUUGAGGCCCAAACCCUGGGAAGAAAAAAACUGCACCAAGAUUGGUUGGCUGAAUCUACAUAUUGAUGGCUGAUCUUGGGGGGGAAAUCCUUUCUGUGAGUAAAGGUACCAAAAUCUCUCAGCCAGUAGAAAUCUUUGGCUGAGGAUAAUCUCUCAACCAGUAGAGACCCCUGCCUGGGGAUUGCAAAUUGCAAUCCCAAAUGUAAGCUUUGACUGACUGGUAUCAGCCAUGCACUAGAAAAAUAAUUGCACCAAAAACAUUUUUAAGGCCAGAAAAAAUGCCCAAAAUAAUGGUAUUUUGUAGAUCACUGUGGCUUCACUUUAGUGAUUGGGUAUUUGUCUUUAGGAUUUAUUUUCACUAUUCAAGCACUCUCCCUCCACAAAAGAUGAUUUCCUCUUCCUUUUCACAUCCUAAUUUUGUUAGAUACACUAAGUUAGGACAAACAUUUAAGUUCUCUGUGCUGCAUAGUGCCUAGCAAAGCAUUUCAGAAAGGGAAAUAAUGCAUUAACUAGCUAUGGGGCAAAUAAAAUGUGUCUCUUUGUCUCUCUCUCACUUUGGCCCAUAAAGAAAAUUUAAAUACAUAUGUAUUUCAAUAUAGAUUUUCUUUUGUUGGUCCCUCUGUGUACAUGUUCAUAUUACACUACAUCAUUUCCCUCAAUAUAUAAUAUAUACUGCUGUUAUAACUAGACUUACAACAGAUUAAGGGAUAGGGGAUUGGCGUUUAUAGCCCCAAAUUGUUAGAAGCUUGAAUUAAAUAUCCAUGUUUUGGGUUCAGAAUGUAUUUUGGAGUGGUAUAGGUUUGGGCUGGCAGAGAGUGCAUGUUUGGGGAGUAUAUCUGUAACUGUUUUACAUCUAUAAUCUUACUCAAGUUUCUAUGGCAAAACAUAAGUUUCGGCCAUUAAAAAAACCCCAAUGAAACUUAAAAAACACAUUAGGUAGUUUCAUUUUUUUUCCUGUGAAAUCCAACAUUGAUUCUAGUUACAAAUAAUUACGUAUUUGUAUGUGCUUUACCCAUAAUUCAAUGCAUGCACUGCUAUUCUGUUUAAGGAACACUUGAAAACAUCUUGUGCCUUUUGUAUCUACAUUGCUGAAACAUCACUGCUUAUACUUUGUCUUUUAUCAAGAAUUCCUGAACCUCUUCUGUACUUCCAAUAAACUGCAUGCAUGCACUCUG